UUGUUUGUCCUCCAGGCAGUCUUUUCCAGAACAAUGAAUGCAUUCCCUGUCCUCUUGGCUACUAUCAGUACCAGACAGGACAUUCCUCCUGUAUCAAGUGUCCUGUGGGCAAAACUACCAACUCCUAUGGGGCAAUCAGCACCGAUCACUGUAUCACAUACUGUCAGAGCAAUGACCAGGGUCUGCAGUGUGAUGAAGAUGGCCAAUAUAGACCUUCCCAGCAAGACUCUGACACUAAGAAAUCCUUCUGUGUCGAUAGCUUUGGAGCAGCACUGGACUGGACUGAAACAGAGGAUCUCCUUACAGACAGCCAGUGCCUAGUGCUCAGAAAAUUUGAGAGAGUUCCUGCCUCCAAUCUGAUUUAUGGAUCAGGAGAAGCUCAAAUCCUUCAGACUCAGUCAUUAGGAGGAAGCACACAAAAUACAGCUUUUCAGUGCAUUUCAGGCUGUGAGAGGGAAGAUGCAUGUGGCUUUGCAGCUGUAACAUCUGCUGGUGCUGAAUUUAUCUGUGAAUUUUACAGUACUGCUGAAGUCAACUUCAAUUGCACCACCUCUGGAUUGGUGCAAGGUGUUUUGGGGAACUCUGCUGCCACUGGCAUCAGUAGCCUCAGCUGCCUCCUUCAUGUCAGGAACCCAGAGGGAGAUGCACUGAUGGUCUAUUUGAAGAGAGGGCAGGAAUUUAACUGGUCUGGACUCAAGCCCUUUGAAAAGACUGGUUUUCAGAACGUGCUUUCCGGCGUCUACCACUCCAUGGUGUUCUCAGCAGCUGCCACACUGCUGACUGAUGCUCAGCUCUUCUGUCGCCAGGCUUGCAGCAGGGACUCCUGCUGUGAUGGCUUCAUCUUGAGCCAGGUUGCACUUGAUACAGGUACCAUUCUGUGUAGUUUGCUGAGCUCCCCAGAUGUGCUGAUCUGCAAUGAAAAAGGUUGGAGUCCCACACCAACCUCCAUCACAGGUCAGAUGUGUAACGGUGUGAGCUAUAACGAAAAGGAGAAGACAUUUUCCUUCACCCUGGGAGGUCAAGUGUUCAGUGGAACUUCUCCAUUGGUGGAAGAGGCAGAAAGAAAUUUUACUACCUUUCAGCAAGUUUACCUGUGGAGAGACUCCAAUAAGAUCACCCAGACUAAAACCUCUGCAUGUGAUACUGCUGCUUUGAAGACAGAGAAUGAUCUAACAUUAUCAGAUUCUACAAAGGAUCUUUUCUACCUGAUGGACAACAGCAGGAUACAAAGUGACCAGAACUCUUCUCUCCCUUACCAGCAGUAUUGGGUCUUCAAGCAGAAGUACUCAGCUGAGGAAGCUGUGCUUUGGUGUCUCACACGCUGUGCCCAAGAAGAAGAGUUUUGUCGAAUGGCAGAUCUUCAGAACACCACAGACAAGUACUUUGUGUGCACCCUCUAUCCAGAGGCACAGAUUUGUGACAGCAGCAUGGAUCAAACACCAGAAAACUGUCCAACCGUGUUACCCUGGCAGCCACAGACACUCUAUCAUAAAAUAGUCACUCUUAAAAGUUCUGUGAAGAGCUUCUACACACGUGUACCAUUCCAGAAGGUAACAGGAAUCUCAGUGAGGAAUAAGACUGACCUAAGCAGAAAAGCUGUUUCAGAUGGGUUUUUUGAGUGUGAGCGUUGGUGUGACACUGACCCUUGUUGCACAGGCUUUGGCUUUUUUAAUGACUCCCAGCUAUCAGGUGGAAAGAUCAUGUGCAUGACUUUGAACAGCCUUGGAAUCCAGACGUGUGCUGAGGAAACAAGAAGUUCUUGGCAAGUUUCAGAUUGUAAUUCACCAGAUGCUGAAGUCAGAAUACACCCAUUUGGCUGGUACCAAAAGCCUGCUGACUUGAAGAGCACCAUGCCUAACCUGUGUCCACCUGUUAGUUUGCCUCUCAGGCCAGAAAGUGAGUAUUUGGAUGCAUGGCAACCCCUAAAUGUGUCCUCUGUUCUCAUGGAUUCAUCCAUCUCAAACUUUGAAGUUGUGCAAGUUAGUAGAGAUAUAUCCAAUGACUUCUCCACUGCCAGAGACUUUUGUCUUUCUGCUUGUUCAAAGAAUGAAUCAUGUACAGUGGUUACACUGGAAAUCCAGCCUUCAGCAAUAAGAUGCAUACUCUACCCUGACACACAGAUAUGCACCCAUGGACUGCAAGGGCACAGCUGCCAGGUUUUACUCAAAGAACCUGCUACCUAUAUCUAUAGGAGACAAGAUCUAAUCCUGCCCAUUUCUGGAUCAGCUUUAACCCCAUCUGUGUUCAUCCCAUCCCAUGGAGAUCUGAUGGGCAAAUCCCAGGUGAUCCACAUCGGCUCGGAAUGGAGGAAUAUCAGCCAGUUCCUGGGGAUCCCAUUUGCUGCCCCUCCCCUCGCAGAGAGGCGUUUCAGCCCUCCAGAGCCUUUUGCUUGGGUGGAAACCUGGAAUGCCACUGUGGCUCGGGCAGCGUGUUGGCAGCCAGGAGAUGGAGAGGCCCCACCACAGUCUGUGAGUGAAGACUGCUUGUAUCUGAACAUCUUUGUUCCUGCCACCACUGUCAAAAACAUGGCAGUGUUGCUGUUCUUUCACAAUGGAGGGAGUUACAAUGCUGAGGAGGGAAAGACAACUCUAGAUGGAUCAUACCUAGCUGCCAUUGGUAAUGUCAUUGUCGUGACAGCAAACUACCGGGUCGGUGCCUUUGGCUUCCUUAGCACUGGUUCUGCUGGGGUGAGUGGAAAUGCUGGCCUUUUGGAUCAGUUAGCAGCUUUGAAGUGGGUACAGCAGAACAUUGCCAGCUUCGGAGGAGAUCCCAGAUGGGUUUCUUUAGGAGCUGACCGCAGUGGGGCAGAUCUUACCAGCAUUCACCUGCUCACAGAGACAGCAGAUAUGGGACUUUUCAGGAGGGUGUUGUUGAUGGGAGGCUCAGCUUUCUCUCCAUCAUCCAUUAUCACUACAAGGAGAGCACAGACCCAAGCUGCAGUCCUGGCUGAAGAUGUGGGAUGCCCUUCAUCCACCAGUGAGGAAAUUGUAGCCUGCCUCCACCGAUUGCCUGCUCGUGUCCUGAAUGAUGCACAGACUAAGCUGCUAGCUAUAAGUGGCCCAUUCCAGUACUGGGGUCCAGUGAUGGAUGGGAUUUACCUUCAGGAGCCUCUAGCUAAAGCCCUGCAGCGCCCUCAGCUUCGGAAAAUAGAUCUGCUCAUUGGAAGUGCUCAGCAAGAUGGGCUCAUCAGCAGAGCUAAGGCAAUUAAGAAAUUUGAAGAAAGUCAAGGAAGAGCCAACAGCAAAACUGCCUUUUAUCAGGCUCUGCAAAAUUCCCUAGGAGGGGAAGACUCCAACUCAUUCAUUGAAGAUGCAGCUACGUGGUAUUACUCCCUCGAACACUCAACUGAUGAUUAUUCAUCCUUUUCUAGGGCUCUGGAAAAUGCCACCCGUGACCAGUUUAUCACAUGUCCCAUCAUAAACAUGGCCAACCACUGGGCUGCUGCUUCCAGAGGAAAUGUCUUCAUGUACCAUGUACCUGAGAAUGAAGGCCAUUAUGCUGCAGAACUCUUGCUGGAUGUUCAGUAUGCAUUUGGUCUGCCAUUCUACCCAAAGUAUGAAGAACAAUUUACUCUGGAAGAAAAGGGCCUUUCCUUGCAAAUUAUGCAGUAUAUCUCCAAUUUUCUAAACUCUGGAAAUCCAAACUACCCUCAUAGUUUCUCGAGAAGAAUGACAGGGGUGAUGCCUGCCUGGCCCAUGUAUCUGCCAAGUGAUGAUGGUGAUAACUACAAGGAGUUCACUGUUACCUUGCCGACUCUUAAAGGAUUGAAAAAAGCAGACUGUUCCUUUUGGUCUGAUUAUAUCAGAAGGCUGAAAGCAUCCACAGGAAGUGCAAGUGGUGGAGAGCCAUCUUCAGAAAACAGCCCUAGUGAAGCUCCCAGUGAAGGACUUGCCUCCCCAGAGAGACAGCCCCUGGGAGAUGAGGUGGCUUACAG